CGUCGAGUGGCGUCGAGUGUGGCCGGUCGGAUGUCCGCGGAGGGCGGCGGCUACUCGCCGUGUCCGGCGGAGGCGCUGCCGGAACUGAGCGCCGCCGAGCUGGCGAUGAGCUUAUCGCCCAAGUCCGCGCUGCUGCAGCAGAACCUGUCGCAGCUGCAACUGCAGCACAGCACGCCCUUCUCCGUGACCGACAUCCUGUCGCCGAUCGAGGAGUACCGCAAGCUGGAGCUCGCCAACAACCCGCCGUCGCCGUACAGGUCAAACUCCUCGGGUAGCAGUAUCAACUCCCCGCUCGGCGGGGGCUCGUGCAUGGCGGGCAACCCGUACGCCGUGCCGCUGUACGGGCAACCCGUGCAGGGCUACGGCUGCGCGCCCUCGGACCUGCCGCACUACGGAGACAUGCGCGGGGCCUCGUGGUACCCCGCAUCCAACGACCCCAGGUUUGCCAUUUCCAGGCUGAUGACGUCCACGUCGGGCGGCAUGGGGCACGUCAACAACAUGGGAGGCCUAGCCGCGUGCGCCGGCCCCGACGCCAAGCCCAUGCAGUUCCCUCUUGCGCAGAGGAGGAAGCGGAGAGUGCUGUUCACGCAGGCCCAGGUGUACGAAUUGGAGCGAAGGUUUAAGCAGCAGAAGUACCUGUCGGCGCCCGAGCGGGAGCACCUCGCCUCGCUCAUACACCUCACGCCGACGCAGGUGAAAAUUUGGUUUCAAAACCACCGUUACAAGUGCAAGCGGCAAGCCAAGGAGAAAGCCAUGGCGGAGCAGAACCAACACAACCAGUCGUCCUCAUCUCCCCGGAGGGUAGCCGUCCCAGUCCUCGUGAAGGACGGCAAGCCGUGCGGCUCGGGCGAAUCCUCGUCGCCCGCGCACUGCGCCACACCGACGUCAGGCUACGCGCAGCCCCAGGCGGCCUGCUCCAACCCGCUGGCCUCCUACCGCCAGCCCGCCUACCAGCAGCAGUGCUCCGGCUACCUCCCCCUGCAGGGCCGGGCGUGGUAGAAGUUCCCCCAGCUUUAUCAUGAGACAAUGUUCAAGGAGGAGAUGUAUUUUGAUUAGGUAGAAGGUGACGCGGUUUGGCCGAGCUAC